AUGGGGGCGACGGUCCGCCGCCCGAUCCGGCGCCGGUGCCUCCCGGCCGACGGGAUGACCUUCCUGUACGCGGCGCUGCCGGAACACCGGCAGGAGGCCCUGGCCGAGCUAGACGAACGUCCUGGCGCGUGGGCCGUCGAGCCCUGGCCCAUCUCACUGGAAGCGGUUCGCAGCGUCGCGGCGUCGCUGCGUCGCGGCGGCUAUCGCUCCGCCCAGAACUACUUCGACGCGGCGGUGGCCUAUCAGGAGCGGUUCCGGGAACAGGCGGUCGACCCGCUGCUCAAGAAGGCGAUGCGGCGUUACACCCGGGCGGUCCUCCGGGGCCUACCCGGCAGCCGGCUCAAGGCAGUGUUCCCGGUGGACCGGCUGACCACCCUGGUGACGAUCAGCGACGUCCCGGCCGCUCGGGCGUGGUCGCCGUGGACGUCGGCGCACGCCGCGGAUGCCCUCCUCCUGGCGGCUUGGUUUAUGCUUCGUGAGAUUGAGUUCGUGGCGGCACGGACACAGGACCUUGAGGCGGCCGGCGGCACCGUCACCCUCCGGGUACCCUUGCACAAGGCGGCCACCGGCGGCCAGACAGAGCUGACCAUGCGCCAGCUCAGGCGCGCCUGUCGUGCGUCGGUGUCGCCGCUGUGCCCCUACCACGCGGCGGUCAGGCACACGGACCGCCUCAAGGCGGCGGGGCUUUGGUUCAGGGAUCGGCCGCUCUUCCCGGACAGUUCCGGCGCUACUUGGGAGAAGUCGUCGGCCAUCCUUCUCUUUCGUCGGGUCCUGGUGGCCGCCGGCAUACAGACCACUUCGGUCGACCACACCGGCGCGCCGGUCCAGCUAUUCGGCGGACAUCUGGCCAGGGUGGCCGGGGCGUCGUGGCUGGCGUCCAAAGGCGUGCCCGCCCCUGUCAUCCAACUACUGGGGCCGUGGUCCUCGGCCGCAGUCGAACGAUACAUUCAGGCAGCACCCCUGGCGAUGGCCCCGGACGUGCCGCACCGGGUGCUGCACCAGGCGACGGGGUGCCCGCCACCGACACUGGAGAUUGGCUCGGCGGUGGCGCAGGCCCCGGCGGCCUCAACCCAGCAGGCGCCGCCCCUCAUGGACAUCGACCGGACCGGGAACACUGGGGUCCCCCGGCAGGACUCGUCACCGGCGGAGUUUUCACCCGCGGUCGACUUCGUCCCGGAGCCCACGCCCGACCCGGCGGCCCUGACAGCCGCGACGGGGACGGCGCCCGAGCACUAUAUCUACAACGCCAAGGCGCUGAGAGUGCACGCGGCUGACCCGGCUGAGGCCUCGGCUGACAGGUUCCUCUGGAAAACCAAGGGGUGCUCCUGGCCGUACGGCGUUCGGGCCUUUUACCGCAUCACCGACAAGCCGGCGGAUGCGGCGUGGUGUUUGCGCUGCUUCCCCCAGUUUCGGGACAAGCCGGCGCCGGGCUCGCCCACCGAAGAGGCGGAGUCACCGGUUGCAUCUAGCUCUGCCUCCGCGGACUCGUCGGAGUCGUCGGAAUGA